GGGGGAGUGAGGCCGAGCGGCGGCGGCGGAGGCGGCGUCGGAGGAGGAGGUGAAGCUCCUUGAAAACUUGUGUAAAAGGUAGACGUAACUCAGAAAAGCUGUAGAAGACAUUCUUCAAUAUUUUGGAGCUGAUUGGUGCUGGCCCACACAACCCUAAACAGAAGCAGGACCUGGAGAAACUCAAUGAUUUGAAGGUCAAAGCCCAACAGAUUAUGAACCAGUUUGGACCGGCAACUCUGAUAAACCUCACCAAUUUUCCCUCGGUAAAACCUGAUCCGUCCGGCACGCCCCCCCCAAAUACAAUGGCGAACAGCACCACUGUCGUCAAAAUACCUGGAACUCCAAGCUCAGGGGGACGAUUGAGUCCAGAAGGCAACCAGGUGUUGAGCAAGAAGAAGCUGCAGGAUCUGGUGCGUGAAAUUGAUCCAAAUGAACAGCUCGAUGAAGACGUGGAGGAAAUGCUGUUGCAGAUCGCUGAUGAUUUUAUUGAGAGUGUAGUAAGCGCCGCAUGUCAGCUGGCCCGUCAUCGCAAAUCCAACACGCUGGAAGUCAAGGAUGUCCAGCUGCAUCUGGAACGCCAAUGGAAUAUGUGGAUCCCAGGAUUUGGCUCAGACGAAAUUAGGCCGUACAAGAAAGCUUGCACAACAGAAGCUCACAAACAGAGGAUGGCACUGAUCCGCAAAACAACCAAAAAAUAAAUCUCCAGAGGACGAGAAGAAAAUCUUGUGCAGUGCAAUCUGCGGCGACUCCUCCAUUACUGUAGAGGAGCCUGGGACAGGCUGAUACAGUGCGUGNUUUUUUUUGUGCAGAGCUAAUGAAGUAACUUUGAACUGGCCCCAACAUACACCGUAGCAACAAAUUGGGCUCUUGACCGCUCCCUUCUGAAAUACAAAAAAAGCAUAAGGAUUUGUAAAAAGUGGAUGAUGUGUGUGUGAAAUCGUGACGUUUCCUUAUUGAUUAAUGGUAGUCUGAUAUAAUUGGGACUUAGUGGAGUGUUGAGUAGUUCGUUUUCAUAUCUUUGUAUAGAGGUAAUGUUGACGUACGAUUUUUUUUGCCAAUAAACUAUUACUCAACUUCA